CGUCUCUCGAUGUCCACCGACGAGCAGUCUCCCGUGUCUGAGAACCCCGUCGAUGUCAGCUCGCUGAAGGAGCUGUCGAAGACCAAGCUCGUCGAGUCGCUCAAUGCGGUGAAUGGCGCGAAGACGCUUGUGCUUGAUCCUACCCUUGCUGGACCACUAGGUUUAAUCACGGAGGUGUCGUUACUGAAGCACCAUGGCGUUGACAAGAUGUUCUGGCUCGAGCCAGGUCCCCUCAACGCGACCACCACAAACAUCGUCUACCUCUGUCGUCCUCUGAUUAAAUACGUCCGCAUCAUCGCAGACCAGAUCAAGCACCACACCAAGGAAGGCCAGAAGCACCUCUACACCCUCCUCCUCGUACCACGCGCCUCCACGCUCGUGUCAAGCAUCCUCGAGGAAGAGGGCGUGCUCGGAGAUGUCAACAUCUCGUCAUACGAUCUGCAGUUCAUCCCCAUCGCGGACGAUGUGAUCUCGCUGGAGCGCGAGUCUGCGUUCAAGGAGCUUUGGGUGGACGGCGACGAAAGCAUCAUCUACGACUCCGUGCAGGCCCUAACGACCAUUCAGAAGCUCUUUGGCAGGAUACCCAGGAUAGUGGGGAAGGGCGACUAUGCGGCGAGGCUCGCUACCCUCCUCACCCGCAACAUGCCCAAAACGGCGACUUCUUCCACCCCGGAUACCCUCUUGGCGGCGUCUGACAAGAUCGACGGCAUGAUUGUGCUUGACCGUCGCGUGGAUAUGAUCACCCCGCUGCUGACCCAGCUCACAUACGAGGGGCUUAUUGACGAGGUUAUGGGAAUUAAGAACUCUCACGUCGAACUCCCCGCCUCCCUCGUCUCACCACCGCCCCCGCCCGGCCAACCCGCUGCCGGACCCUCCACCGCCCCACCGCCCCCGACCGCGACCUUAAAGAAAGAAAACAAGAAGAAAUAUCUGCUCUCCUCCGCGGAUCCGCUGUUUGGCGAACUGCGGGAUCUGAACUUCUCGUCGGUGGGGAGGAAGUUGAAUAAGGUGGCGAGGAGGCUGGAUGAGGAUAUUAAGGCCCGUCUCCAGGUGAAGACCGUCCCGCAGUUGCGCGAUUUUGUGGGCAAGCUGGGAGGGCUGCAAACUGAGCGGCAGUCGCUGCAACUGCACACCGGCGUCUCCGAGCUCAUCAUCCCUAUGACGAGGACCGAGGAGUUUAACAAGUCGCUCGAGAUUCAGCAGAACCUUCUCGCUUCGUAUGAAGUGACAUCGCAGGUCACGGCUAUCGAGGAGAUGAUUGCGCAAGGCGCGAGUCUAGAGACGGUUAUCCGGCUGCUUUGCUUGGCCAGUAUAACCAUUGGUGGCGUGAGGGCGAAGACGUUGGAGAACUUGAAGCGGGAGAUUUUACAGUCCUAUGGCUAUAAUUACCUGCCUUUGCUCCUAUCUCUGGCCGCGCCACCGCUGGCCGCUCUCGUGCCCAACCCCCUUCCCUCUAACACUCCUCCAGCCGUCGCCGCCUCUAAGCUGCCCUUCCCAGCCGUGCGCAAAUCGCUCCGCUUGCUCAUCGACGACGACCCCGCCGCGCUCGAGGAGGUCGAGAACGACAUCAGCUUCACCUACUCCGGCUACGCCCCGCUCAGCAUCCGCCUUGUCCAGUGCGUCGCGCAGAAGGGCGGCGUGCUCAGCAACCCCGCUGAGAAGGAGAAGCCCGCCGACACCGCGACUGCGAGCAGCAGCGGGGCGGGCAUGGUGCAGGCGCACCCCAUCGUCGGGUGGAAGGGCUUUGAGGACGUGCUGGAGCUGAUCCCGGGCGAGACCUUCGACAUCGCGCAGAAGCCACCGCGCGGGGGCACAGAAACGCCCGCGCCAUACAUAGGAUCGCUUCUCCCGAGGGAGCGACCGAUGACCACGGUCGUAUUUUUCCUGGGUGGCUGCACGUAUACGGAAAUCGCUGCCCUGCGGUGGGUCGGGAGACAGAACCGCGGCCGCAAGUUCCUCAUCGCGACGACGGGGAUUGUGAACGGAAACAGCGUCGUCGACAGUGUGGCGGGAGUGGGCAAGGUUUCUGGCCCGAAGGAUGCGGGGCUCUAAGAAGGUCCAGAGUGGCAUGGGAUGCAGCUCUUCGCGCGGGACGUUGCGGUCGGCAUUGGGCACCGGCAAGCACAUGAGGAGGUGUGUAAGGCGUAUAUAAACCGUGCGAACGCUGGCAGACUCCGUGGCCAUUCAUCU